AUGCCCACAGCACUGAAAGCAGGCUUGGAUGACAAAAUGACAGAUACCGACAACUUGGACGGGUUAUUAGCAGAAUGGGAGAAAACCAUAAAGGAUACAAAAAUACCUGCUUGUUUUAAAAAGAUGCCCCAAGAGACUGGGAAGACUUUCCCUCACUCCAGACAAGUUGGGAAUUACCUAAUAGGCAAAAUGAUCAACAAGGGCUCCUUUGCCAAGGUGAUGGAGGGGCUGCACAUCCCCACAGGGGAGAAGGUAGCCAUAAAAGUCAUUGACAAGAGGAGAGCCAAGCAGGAUUCCUACGUCUUAAAAAACAUGAAGCGUGAGCCACGGAUACACCAGAUGAUUAAGCACCCCAAUGUUGUUCAGCUAUAUGAGACCCUGGAGUCUGACAGCUCCUAUUACAUGGUGAUGGAGCUGUGCCUUGGCGGGGACCUCCUGGACAGAAUUUGUGACAAAAAGAGGCUGGCAGAAGGGGAAGUAAGAAGAUACACCAGGCAAAUUCUGUCUGCAGUAGAGCACCUGCAUUGCCAGGGGAUUGUUCACAGGGACCUAAAAAUUGAAAAUUUUCUUCUUGAUGAGAACAACAACAUCAAAAUCGUUGAUUUCGGACUGAGCAAUACUGCAAAGUUUGAGGGUCUCUCCCAGGAGCUGUUACAUACCCAGUGUGGAAGCCCAGCUUAUGCUGCCCCAGAACUCCUUGCUCAUAGGAAAUAUGGUCCAAAGGUGGAUGUCUGGUCCAUAGGUGUAAGCAUGUUUGCUAUGCUAACUGGCACAUUACCCUUCACGGUGGAACCUUUUAAUAUCAAGCAACUACAUCAAAAGAUGUUAAUUGGAGAAAUCAGCCCUAUUCCUCCAGAUAUCUCCCCUGGAGCUGUACACUUCCUGCAGUCCUUACUUGAGCCUGACCCUGCUAAGAGGCCUGGAGUCAAAGAAGCAAUAAAAGACAAAUGGUUGAACGAAGGCUUCACCAGGAAAAUACUGAACGCUGCUGCCUAUGAAAACAGACUUUGCUCCAGUGAAUUGAAUCCUGUUGUUUUGAACUACAUGACAGAAAUGAUGGACUUCAGUCUUUCAGAAGUUAUCAACAUUUUAAUAAAUAACAGACCCUCUCGUGCAAUGGCUUCUUAUUGCUUAUUGCUGAAGAAACUGCUCAGGUAUCAGAAAGACCGCAAAAGAGCCCAGAGGGAAAGUGAAGUACAAAAACACAGUAUUAAUCCUGAUAAACAUUUGAAUAAGGAGUCAGAAAUUCAGAUUUCCCAGAAGGCUGAAAUGGACACUCUGGAAAACCUCAGGAAUUAUGGCAGUAGGGCAUUUCCCUCUGUCCUAACCCUGGCAAUGCCAGAUGCUAUUCAAGAAGAUGAGAUUGCAGUUACAUUGGAAAACCAAGAAAACUUGCCGGAAGUUUCCAAGUUUGCAGGCAGAGAGUUGGUCCACCUUGGACCUCCUAAGUCAUCAAGCAAAAGUAUGCCACAUGAGCCCAUGUAUCAGCCACUUUUGGACUUUCAGAAGAAUCUGGAUGAUUUUGAAGACUUGACUGAAGCUGGAAAACCAUGUCUUCAUGAGAAAUUGCCAUCCACACCAGCAAAUAACCAACCUCCUUCUUCAAACAUCCAAGCAAUGACAUCUACAAGCAAAGUGCCUCCCCGAUCCCUGAUGGAAAACAUGAUUAUUACCAGGAUUCCUUUGCCUCAUCAGGACAUGAGAUUUAAAGACCUUCUGAAGGCAGUAGAUGACAAUAUUUACAUCCCAACACCGUGGCACCUUGAUAAAGAGGGCACUGACCUCCUCAUGAUUGAGUCUUCGCAGCUGUCGCCUUUCCCCAGGCUGCAACAAGCUGCCCUGAGAGAAACCCUAA